UGUGCUCCGCACGCAGAGAGGGAAAAAGCGCGCGGUCCGGGCUCUGCGUCACUCCCCGCACCUGGCCAGAGAUGGGUUUAGUAGAGGCUAAUCCGCGGAGGGCACUUCAUCCCGGGUGUUUCUCUGAGUCCCCGAUUUUGCUGCCUGGAGUGCCAGCGUCCCAUCCUGCUUCGGUUCCUGGUUCCCCCCACCAGCCCCCAUCCUGCCAUUCGACCCCAAUGCAAGAAGGAUGAGGCGGGGGAAGGGCUGGUGGCUGGGUGGCCUGCGGGUACGCUGCGCAGUGAUCUCCGGGUCCGUUUCGGAGGGUGCGUGCAGAGAAGCAGGAUCCCUCAGGGAGCGCGGGCUCCGCUGCCACCUGCUGAGAACCUCGCACGCCAAAACAGCCUCGGGCAGGGCUACCUGCUAUAAAUAAGCGGUCAAGAGCCCGGUGUGUGACCACACAUCCCGCCGGGAGGGCCAUAAUCACUUGUGAGCACGCAGGGAAUAUUCCGGGCCAGGACUUCGCGCUGAGGCUGGAUGGGGUGGCGAUGCUUGCACCUUCCCCGAGCUCUCGUGGGGUGGCGCCUGGUGGCCCCUGGGCGGGCUGAGGAUGGACCGCUGGGGAGCGAGGGGAGGGAGGCCGCGGAGGACCCGCACUGCAGCAGCUGUUGCUCGCCUGUGACUCGCCAGUCUGGGCCGAGUCGCCUAGCCAGAGUCGCUUGGUGCGGAGGGGAAGGGAGGGCAUCUACUCCUGUUCUUGGCUCCCGGGGGACUCACUAGGGAGAUUCCGGCUGCUGUCCCCCUCCCCCGCCUCUGCUUUCCCCAGCGCUCGCCCAGCCCGGGAGGAGGAAACGCGAGCGAGCCGCGCGCAGACACCUCCUCCUCCUCCUCAGCUGCUGUCGCCGCCGCCGGCCACACCGCGGUGCCUGUUGCUGCAAGCCACCUCGGACCGACCGUCUCUUCAACCCGCAAGAGAAGCAGAGACUGUGGAGUGGACCCCCACCCCAGCAGCGUGGGGCGGCAAGAGCACAGCCAGCUGAGGACCAUGGACGCCCCGCCCGCCCAGGCCAUCUUCUGGGUGCCCGGGAGCACCUGCGCGCCCUAGCUCAGCCCGGAGUUCUGAGCGUGCCACCUCACUGGAUUCUGCCCUCAGAAGCACGUGAAAUAGAUCACUUCAUUUAAAGUAGGAAAAUAGUAGCACGUUUUCCUGGCUCUCCAGACCUCUCCCAGGAUGGAGGCAAUCACAUUCACAGCGAGGAAGCAUCCGUUCCCUAACGAAGUCUCCGUGGACUUCGGCUUGCAGCUGGUGGGCUCCUUACCCGUGCAUUCUCUCACCACUAUGCCCAUGCUGCCGUGGGUGGUAGCCGAGGUACGAAGACUCAGUGGCCAGUGCUCUAAAAAGGAGCCUAGGACAAAGCAAGUCCGCCUUUGGGUUUCGCCCUCCGGACUGCGGUGCGAGCCUGACCUGGAGAAAAGUCAACCAUGGGACCCGCUCAUCUGUUCCAGCAUCUUUGAGUGCAAGCCUCAGCGUGUGCACAAACUGAUUCACAACAGUCACGACCCGAGCUACUUUGCUUGCCUCAUUAAGGAGGAUGCUGCGCACAGGCAGAGCCUCUGCUAUGUGUUUAAAGCAGACGAUCAAACAAAAGUGCCUGAGAUCAUCAGCUCCAUCCGGCAGGCCGGGAAGAUUGCCCGCCAGGAAGAGCUGCGUUGCCCCUCCGAGUUCGACGAUACCUUCGCCAAAAAGUUCGAGGUGCUCUUCUGUGGCCGGGUGACUGUGGCUCACAAGAAGGCCCCACCCGCACUGAUUGACGAGUGUAUCGAGAAGUUCAACCAUGUGAGCUGUGGUCGCAGAACGGACUGGGAAGCGCCCACCGGGCAGCCAUCAGCGCCUGGCCCCAGGCCCAUGCGCAAAUCCUUCUCACAGCCUGGACUGCGCUCGCUGGCCUUCAGGAAGGAGUUCCAGGACGCUAGCCUCCGCAGUAGCACCUUUAGCUCCUUUGACAAUGACAUAGAGAACCACCUCAUCGGUGGGCACAAUGUGGUUCAGCCCACAGACAUGGAGGAGAACCGAACUAUGCUGUUCACGAUUGGCCAAUCUGAAGUUUACCUCAUCAGUCCUGACACCAAAAAGAUUGCACUGGAGAAAAAUUUUAAGGAGAUAUCCUUUUGCUCUCAGGGCAUCAGACAUGUGGACCACUUUGGAUUCAUCUGCCGAGAGUGCUCGGGUGGCGGCAGUGGCGGCUUUCAUUUUGUCUGUUACGUGUUCCAGUGCACAAAUGAAGCUCUGGUUGACGAGAUCAUGAUGACUCUGAAGCAGGCUUUCACGGUAGCUGCGGUGCAGCAGACGGCUAAGGCACCAGCCCAGCUCUGUGAGGGCUGCCCCUUGCAAGGCCUGCACAAGCUCUGCGAAAGGAUAGAGGGAAUGAAUUCAUCUAAAACCAAAUUAGAACUCCAGAAGCACUUGACCACACUGACCAAUCAGGAGCAGGCCACCAUAUUCGAGGAGGUUCAGACACUACAGGUGGCAGCAGAGAAUAUUGGGAGUGACCUGCCACCCAGUGCUAGCCGGUUCAGGUUAGAUUCGCUGAAGAACAGAGCAAAGAGGUCCUUAACAGAGUCCCUAGAGAGCAUUCUGUCCCGGGGUAAUAAAGCCAGAGGCCUGCAGGACCAUUCCGCCAGUGUGGAUCUGGACAGCUCCACUUCUAGUACUCUAAGUAACACCAGCAAAGAGCUGUCCAUGGGUGACAAGGAGGCCUUCCCCGUCUCUGAGACCUCCUUCAAGCUCCUUGGCUCCUCAGAUGACCUGUCCAGUGACUCAGAGGGCCACAUUGCAGAAGAGUCUGCCCUGUUGUCACCCCAGCAGGCGUUCAGAAGGAGAGCCAACACCCUGAGUCAUUUCCCAGUAGAGUGCCCUGCGCCUCCAGAACCUGCCCAGAGCUCUCCAGGGGUCUCUCAAAGGAAACUCAUGCGGUACCACUCCGUGAGCACAGAGACGCCUCAUGAACGCAAUGUGGACCAUCUUCCUGGGGGUGAGUCUCAGGGCUGCCCAGGGCAGCCUUCAGCUCCGCCUCCACCUCGUCUUAACCCCUCCGCCUCCUCACCAAACUUCUUUAAGUACCUAAAACACAAUUCCAGUGGAGAGCAAAGUGGGAAUGCUGUGCCAAAAAGUGUCUCCUACCGUAAUGCCCUGCGGAAAAAACUCCAUUCUUCCUCCUCUGUGCCAAAUUUUCUAAAAUUUCUGGCUCCCGUAGAUGAAAAUAACACCUGUGACUUUAAGAACACGAACAGGGACUUUGAAUCCAAAGCAAACCACCUGGGUGACACAGAUGGGACCCCCGUGAAGACCCGGCGGCACUCGUGGAGACAGCAGAUAUUCCUUCGAGUGGCCACUCCACAGAAGGCUUGUGACUCCCCGAGCAGAUAUGAAGAUUAUUCCGAGCUGGGAGAGCUCCCUCCACGCUCCCCUUUAGAACCGGUGUGUGAGGACGGCCCAUUUGGCCCAGUACAGGAAGAAAAGAGGAAGACGUCACGCGAGCUUCGAGAGCUGUGGAAAAAGGCCAUCUUGCAGCAGAUCCUGCUGCUCAGGAUGGAGAAGGAGAAUCAGAAGCUACAAGCCUCUGAAAACGAUUUGCUGAACAAACGCCUCAAGCUUGACUAUGAAGAAAUCACUCCGUGUCUUAAAGAAGUCACUACAGUGUGGGAAAAGAUGCUUAGCACUCCAGGAAGAUCCAAAAUUAAGUUUGACAUGGAAAAAGUGCACUCAGCUGUUGGGCAAGGUGUGCCACGUCAUCACCGAGGUGAGAUCUGGAAAUUUCUAGCUGAGCAGUUCCACCUUAAACACCCAUUUCCUAGUAAACAGCAGCCAAAGGACGUGCCCUACAAAGAGCUCCUGAAGAAGCUGACCUCGCAGCAGCACGCCAUUCUCAUCGACCUCGGGCGAACCUUUCCAACACAUCCAUACUUCUCUGCCCAGCUUGGAGCAGGUCAGCUGUCACUUUACAACAUUCUGAAGGCCUACUCGCUUCUGGACCAGGAGGUUGGAUACUGCCAAGGUCUCAGCUUUGUGGCAGGCAUUUUGCUUCUUCACAUGAGUGAGGAAGAGGCGUUCAAGAUGCUCAAGUUCCUGAUGUUUGACAUGGGGCUGCGGAAACAGUAUCGGCCAGACAUGAUUAUUUUGCAGAUCCAGAUGUACCAGCUGUCACGGCUCCUCCACGAUUACCACCGAGACCUCUACAACCACCUGGAAGAGCACGAGAUCGGCCCCAGCCUCUACGCGGCUCCCUGGUUUCUCACUGUGUUCGCCUCACAGUUCCCACUCGGCUUUGUAGCCAGAGUCUUUGAUAUGAUCUUCCUUCAGGGAUCAGAGGUCAUAUUUAAAGUAGCUUUAAGUCUUUUGGGGAGCCAUAAGCCCUUGAUUCUACAGCAUGAGAACCUGGAAACCAUAGUGGACUUCAUAAAGAACACACUCCCCAACCUGGGCCUGGUGCAGAUGGAGAAGACCAUCAGUCAGGUGUUUGAGAUGGACAUCGCCAAGCAGCUCCAGGCCUAUGAGGUCGAGUACCACGUGCUCCAGGAGGAGCUUAUUGAGUCCUCGCCUCUCAGUGACAACCAAAGAAUGGAGAAAUUGGAGAAAACCAACAGCAGCUUGCGCAAACAGAACCUUGACCUCCUGGAGCAGUUGCAGGUGGCAAAUGCUAGGAUCCAAAGCCUUGAAGCCACGGUAGAGAAACUUCUUACCAGCGAGAGUAAGCUGAAGCAGGCUGCGCUGACCCUGGAGGUGGAGCGCUCCGCCCUGCUGCAGAUGGUGGAGGAGCUGCGGAGGCAAAGCGCCCGGCCCAGCACUCCAGAGCCAGACUGCACCCAGCUGGAGCCCACAGGCGAUUGACCGCUGCCAGAAGAGACUGUGCACCAUUAACACUGUCCAAGCCUUAAUCAAGAGAGAUGGAAGUCAGAGGCAGAGAAGAGAGAACUUCUCAGGGAGGAAACUGGCUGACCAGCCUGCAGAUCCUUUUGAGCUCAGAACUUGGGAUUGGAGGACAAAAGUCUCAGAGUUAUUGUUGUUUUUGGUUCUAAUCCGUCCCCUUUCCAGUCCUGGUUGUUGUAGCUUUAGAUGGCAUGGACAUGAAUAAAUUACAUUUAUGGUUCCUCCUCCUUCUUGCAGAGACACAGUGUGUGGAAAGAGCAUUCAUGACUGCAGUGUUCCAAAAACAAGAUGGGUCUGAAAUAAUUCCUCAGGCAGAAGAAACGUGACCCUUUGUCAGUCUGCAAGAAAGGUUCCUGGGAGGGUGCCCUUGAUGUCACCUGAGGUGCAGUGGGCCCUUGUCCAUUUUUAUUAUGGGACCUAAGGUGACCAUGAGGAAGGAAGAAAGGGGUUUAUUUAAAUCAGAUAUAUUGGUUGUUCCUGAAUCCACGGUCACUCCCAUUGGUACUGAAGAGAGCUCAUCUUUUACAAACUCAGUGUUUUAGUAUGGUUUUUGCUUACCCUUUCAAGUCACAGGUAAAUGUUUCAUAAGGAAAUCACAGUUUUUAGAUUCCCUGUUAUUGCUAGUGUGGGACCUGUAGCUGUGGGGUCUGACAUAUUUAUUUCUUUUUGAUUGUUUCAUAUCCACACUAUAGGGUCACAUAUUUAUUUUUGUCUGUUGAUAAAUGAUGUACCACUGCCACAUCUUCCUUUGAGCCUUGAACCCCUUGGAAAUCUGAUUUCUCAUAGAAGGAACAAAACAUACCAAGAUUUCCAGGGGCUCCUAAGAUGCUGAAACAUUGCAAAAGAAACCAGAUUGCAAUCAGGUGUAUGGCAGCUGACAGCUUUUCAGAAGUAGGAAGUGUGUUUUGAAAGUACUCAAACACACGCACGCCUUCCUUGGGAUGGCGAGGACCCUGUGCCUUCAAGCAGAGUGCAGCUCACACUCACCCUGCUUCUAGCUGGUCCUGUGUAGAGCAUCACCCAUGUGUGCAACAGCUUUUUUUUUUCUUUUAACAUACACACAAAGGCUUAGGUUAGGGAAGACCACCAGCCAGGAGCCCUGGCUAUCGGAAUUGGUCCUGCCUUGGGCUCUGUUGGCCCUCCUGUUCCUGGAGGUCUGCUGCAGCGCUGUUGGUAGGAAAGGAGCCUUGUAAGUCUGGGCUGUAAGGAGAGACCAUCACCGUUGGGGUCAUUUGGGAUCUCCUAGCCCUAUCAAAGGGACACUAAAUGGCCAGGAGGGAUGUAAGACUCCCACAUGGUCUUGGGUCAGAGGAGAGGUCUCUCCAUAAACCAACAUGCCCAGUCCCAGUUGGUUGGAGCAGGGGUUGUCAGAGGAGGGUGACAGUGGACAGCUUCUUUCCACAUUGUAUUUUAUUAUUUGAAUGUUUUAAUGUUGAAUUUUGGACAUGUUAUUACUGUUCAAAAAACACUGACUCUACAGUAAGAAAAGAGCAAUAAAACAGAUUAUUCACA